GCGGACGCAAUGAGUAUCUUGUCUCCGAAGGACCAACACAAGGGUUCUUGUCAAGGGUAUCGCGCUAUGUCUCCACCGAUUUGGUUUCAACUUACACCAGUGCUUUAAUUCGUUCGUGUAUGUCAUUCAGACUCUACUGUACAUUAGAUGUGUCUUUAGCAACUGGCGGUACAAUUGAAACCGGUUGUGCCUUCUUUGGAUGAUCCAUUGUCUACUGACAAUCCACUGGAAAGCGUAUAUUUAAGCGUUAACACGCAGGAACGACCUUACCGCCAUGGAGUACACAGCCUCACCGAAGCCGCAGCUCUCCUCUCGGGCAAACGCGUUCUCCAUAGCUGCUCUAAUGUCCAGUGGGAAAAGUAAGGACAAGGAAACGGAGGAAAACACAAUCAAGCCAUUGGAACAAUUUGUGGAGAAGUCCUCUUGCAACCAGAACUUGGGGGAGCUGCCAUCCCUGGAGUCUCAUGGAGAGUUCAGCAGCCCGGCUCCGGCCGUCUGCACCGAGCCGCUCAUUCCCACCACUCCCGUGGUACCGAGUGAGGAGAUGGCCAAAAUUUCCUGCACCCUGGAAACCAAAGAGCUUUGGGACAAAUUUCAUGAUCUCGGCACAGAAAUGAUCAUCACCAAAUCUGGAAGAAGAAUGUUUCCAACCAUCCGCGUGUCAUUCUCGGGGGUCGACCCUGACGCCAAAUACAUCGUGCUGAUGGACAUUGUUCCAGUGGACAACAAGAGAUAUCGCUAUGCCUACCACCGGUCAUCGUGGCUCGUGGCCGGGAAAGCUGACCCUCCAUUGCCAGCAAGAUUGUACGUCCAUCCAGAUUCUCCUUUUACCGGGGAACAGUUACUGAAACAAAUGGUGUCUUUCGAGAAGGUCAAACUCACCAAUAACGAGCUGGACCAACACGGACAUAUCAUUCUGAACUCCAUGCACAAGUAUCAGCCACGGUGCCAUAUUAUCAAGAAGAAGGACCACACCGCCUCGCUGCUCAACCUCAAGUCUGAGGAGUUCCGCACCUUCGUCUUCACUGAGACCGUCUUCACAGCCGUAACCGCCUACCAGAACCAGCUGAUAACCAAGCUGAAAAUUGACAGCAACCCGUUUGCCAAAGGCUUUCGAGACUCCUCCAGACUCACGGACAUUGAGAGAUGCAGGGAAAGUGUUGAGAAUUUGAUCCAUAAGCACUCAUACGCCCGGUCGCCCAUCAGGACAUAUGCAGGAGAGGAGGACACCAUCGGCGAGGAUGGACUCUUAGCACACAGCAGGGGCUCGGCCUUCAGUGCAUCAGAUAACCUCUCCCUGAGCUCCUGGGUCACCUCCACCUCGGGCUUCUCCGGCUUCCAGCACCCCCAGUCCCUGUCUGGCAUCGGCUCCAGCGGUCCCCUGCCCCACCCCAUCCAGGGCUCCCUGCCCCCCUACAGCCGCCUGGGGAUGCCCCUAACGCCCUUGGCCGGGUCCAUGCAGGGCAGCGGGCCGACCUUCCCCUCCUUCCACAUGCCCCGCUACCACCACUACUUCCAGCAGGGCCCGUACGCCGCCAUCCAGGGACUGCGCCACUCCUCCACCGUCAUGACGCCGUUCGUAUGACUGCCGUGAUUGGCAGAGGGGGAUGAUGGGAUUGAUGAUGCGUACAGCCCUGUGAUCCACUCUCUCUCUCUCUCUCGUGUGCACUCUCGUGUGUAUAUCCGCUGGCGUGUGCACAUGCAAGGACACACACACACACACACACACACACACACACACACACACACACACACACACACAAACAGGCAUA